UGUAAACUCUGUACACAAGAAUACUCUCAGGAAGGAUUUUGAAAUAUUAUGGAAGAGACCUGGUCCAACCAUGGGCAGCCCUAAAGAGCCUCAGAGAUUGCAGCUGUCAAGACCAGAUGGUGCCAGUGAGAACAUUUCCCUGCGUUCUCCUAUUUCUGCAAGAAUAUGGCAGGCUGAAGAUCCAACACGCAAUGUAGGGUUUGAUGGAGAGGAUCUUUGUAUGAGGAACUUCUGUGUCAGUGUACAUGGAGACCAUGAACUUCUGGAAGGAAGUCUCAGUUUUGACAGAGAUGGAGAUGAUAUUUUAGAAGUGCAUGCGGAUGGUGCAUAUUCUUUUCAUGAAGGCAAGGAAGAUCAAAGUUCAUCAAGGAGUGUUGACUGCCACUAUAAGCCCGAUGUCCCACAAACAGAGACACUCGCUAAGGAGUCUCUUGAACAGAAAACAAAUAUUGCUUCUGCAUCAGAUGAAAAAGGAACAGACUUAAGUAAUUCAAAAAACAUGAAAGACAAUAAGGGACAAAUAUUAAAUGUCCCUGGUGUAUCUGAUGUGACUCUGUCCUUAGGAAUGAAUACGGAUAUGACCUCUACAGUUCAAUAUAUACAAGAAAAAACAUCAGAUAAAGAGAAGGAAAAUCUUAAUGGAAAAUCUGGAUCAAUGGAGUUUGCCAAAAGUAUUGGUGAACAAGCAAGUAAAGCAAUUCUGGCAGAAGCAAUGGCAGAAUAUAAAGAGGUUACCAAUGGAGAAAUGAGAACAAAAACAUUAGUAUCUAACUUGCUGCCUUCAAAUGCAGGCAGUGACAUGGAAGAAAAACAGUAUAGAUCUAUUGCAAUAAGUCCUAUCGUUCCCCCAGAUGGAAGUUCAUCUUUUACUUUUCAUACUGGCUCAACAUCAUUUGCUAAAAAUUCAUGUGGAAAAGACAAUGCUGGCAAGAAUGAUGAUGUAUCAAAAACUUAUUCAUUUGAACUGACCCCUGCCGAAGGUGAGGCUGGAGCACAUGUAAAGUAUAGGUCUGUGGCUGUCAGUCCCUUUAUACCCCCUGGAGAAACAACAUUAUUCCCAUUCCAAAAGGAUCAGGUCCAGGAAGAUAUAAAAGGUUGUUCGGCUCAAACUACAAACACUGGAAAACAAGAGAAGCUGAAUGAUAGGAUGGAAACCAGAGUAGAAUAUAAAUCUGUAGCAGUGAGUCCAAUCAUUCCUCCAGAAGGGUCUACUUCCUUUACAUUUCAUGCAUUAAGAACUGUUUCUGGCAACACAACAGAACAGGAAGCCCUGACUAAGGAAGUAUUUCCGAAAACAUAUUCCUUCGAACUUACACCACCGAAUCACGAUGCAGGCACUCAAGCAGACACCAGAGCAGAGUGUGUAUCCGUUGCAGUAAGUCCGAUUAUUCCACCAGAUGGGGCAUCUUCAUUUAUUUUCCAGUCAGAUCUACUGAACAGAAUAGGUGGAGAGAAAGUGUCAGACAAUGUAAGUGCACAGAGUGGCACAAAAAUGCAGUAUGUAUCUGUAGCGAUCAGUCCCAUUGUGUUUCCAGGUGGAUCAUCCUCUUUCACAUUCAAAACAGAAAAUAGUGAUGUAGAGCCAAACAAAGAUUUAAAUAUUAAAACUACAGAUAAUCUUCCUAAAACAUAUUCUUUUGAGAUCACUCCUCCUGAUGAUGAACCUGGCACUAGUACCAGAGUGGAAUAUAGGUCUGUGGCAGUGAGCCCGAUAAUACCCCCAGAUGAGGUUUCCUUUUCUUUCCAAACUGAAAGAGAGAAGGGACUAAGCUCUAUGGACGCACUGCCUAAGAAAUGUUCAAUUGAUCUGAAGCCUUCUAUCCACGAAGUCGGGACACAAGCUGAUAAUAAAGUGGAAUGUGUAUCAGUGGCUGUGAGUCCCAUUGUUAUUCCACAGGGAUCUUCAUCUUUUCCUUUCCAAGGAGAACAAAUUGCCUUGCACACUGAACAGACACAAAAGUUGGAUUCCAGCAGUAUAAGUGCCCUUCCAAAAACAUUAGAACCAACAACUCUUUCUCAUGAUAUAGGGAUCCAAGUUGAUACUAUAGUACAGUGUGCUUCAAUAGCUGUCAGUCCUAUGGUACCCCUCCAAGGAUCAUGUUCUUUUGUGUUCCACACAGAGGACGCCAAGGUAGGCUCCACAACAUGUUCACACAUGCAAGAAAAGCCUGAGAUGAAAGAUGCAGAGAUGCAAGUAUCCUUUCCAGUUGAAACAAGAUCUAUUGCAACUGACCCAAUGACACCAAAAGGGAUAUCACCAAAAGUUUCCUAUCCUGAAGUCAAAGUAAAACAAGCAAAGGAAGAUCACCCAGAACCUGUGCGAGAGGUCAGCUGGGAUGAAAAAGGUAUGACCUGGGAAGUGUAUGGAGCAUCAAUGGAAGUUGAAGUUUUGGGAAUGGCCAUACAGAAGCACCUGGAAAAACAGAUUGAGGAGCAUGGGAGACAGAAGGUGAUGACGCCUCAAAAUACUGUUAGAGGUAGUUCUAUUAGAGGUGCCGUAGGAAAAAACGAGAGCAAAAAAAGACAACCUGGUGCUUUCCGCUCCUUUUUUCAAAGACGAUCCCGAUGCUGCUCUCGUGCUGAACCAACUGCAGAGUGAACCAUAAAAUAAUAAGCCAUUUUGACUCUUUAAGAAAAGAUACACAAAUUAUUGGUUAAGAAAAAAUAAAGACAGAAACUAUGAAUUGGGAGAGAUAUUGAUUGUCCACGUGGCAGUUCUUGUCUUAAGAGCUCAGUGGUUGGAUUUAGGAUGAUUUCAAUAUUGUUUUAAGAAAAAAGCAAAUGUGCAUUUGUAAUUUAAUGUCAAAAUCUUUUGGAUGAAAAGCCAGGACAAGGGAAAUGUUUUACAAUGUACCAUUGCAUCUUGCUGCAUUCUACCUUUAACACAUUCCUGUCCGAGAAUAUACCAUUUGGAAACCAAUGUAUUUGAGUAGGAAGUUAUGAGGGUGACAGGGUGCUUCACAUGGUGUCAGAGUUCCAUAACAGUUUGCUACAAUACCUGAUAAUAUAGGCUGAUUCUAGGGGGAUCUUUCUUUCAGCAAAGGCCUCACUGAUAAGACUUGGUCAGGAAUUGUGUUCUAAAGCAUAAAGGUAGAACUAUAUAUUGCCCAGGUGAAUUGUUAACAAAAAGACACGUUUUAGGAAAAUGUAUAGACUUUGGCCUUCUUUUACCAAAACUGUCUAAAUGAAGAAACUGUGGCUUUAUUGUCCAAAGUAACUUAUUAGAGUCCAACUUCUUUUCUUCUUUGAGAAAGAAAGUUAAGCUGACAGGUUGUUAUACAAGAUAAUUUUAGACAGUUUUAGACAGUUUUUCGUGGCAGGUGCUCUCUAUAAGUGCAAGAAAAAGUGCAAACAUGUCACACUAAAAAACAUGCACAAAGGAUGCAGUCUAUCGCUAAGCCCUUAUCCAACAGGAGAGAGGCCCCCCCAACAAACCUACCCUUCCCCUCCGGGCUAAAAGGCACCUGCAAGGAUCUAGGUUCGAUGCCCCUUUUUGCCGAAGCUACUAAAAAAAAAGGCCCAAUGACUUAACUUUUUGCAUCGCACUGAGGUCACACACAGUCUGAAUACUGCGCUGUAUUCUGAAAGCUCUUGACUUACUGAGAGCUGUUGUUCUGUGUUCUAUGACCUUAGGAAAUUAUGUUCUAACUAGGUGUAUGAUGUGCCAUUCUUUGUUCUGCAUGUAGCAUAAAUGCCAGAUAAAACACCAUAACUGUAACAUUGGCAUUUGCUUCAGACAAAAAAAUUUGCUCAUAUUUUCUACUCUCUUUGUUGCCAUGGAAAUCAGCUUUCACAAGUAGCCAUAUCUGUGUAAAUUGUAAAAGGAACGUGUAAGCUGAACAAACACAUCCACUUUCAUGCAAAUGCUU